AUGCCAAAGGAAAAAGUGGACUACGAUUACUACAACGUAGAAUUGUUUUCAUCUACUACAUGGCAAUGGAGGGAGUUUCAAAGUGUCCAGUUACCAUCAUCUGUUUAUCCUGUUUCUGAUGAGGCAGUUACAAGUGGCGGUGUCGUAUACUUCUUAUUAUCUAAUGAUACCAUAUUGCGAUUUGAUAUUUAUUCAGAAGAACAUAUACUCAUAUUCACACCUUCUCCUAUUAAUGACUUCAAACCGUAUGCAUCGAGACUUAUCAAGUUUCACGGAAAAUUGGGAUAUUUCUCUAUAAGUGAAGAUCAUUUGUGGGCUAUUUGGGUUUUCAUUCAAAAUUAG